AGAUCUUAAGGAUCCAGUUAUAUUGAAAAAGCUAGAGGAUAAAGGAGUUACUGUAAUUCAAUUACCUCUGGAAGAGAAAGAAUAUUUCGGUGAACUAGGGACCAAUGAAAAAGAAGAUUUUGAGGGCAAUGAAGAAGAUCCACUGAUAGACUGGUGCCACCCCCGCACAACGAAGAGGUGGGGUCAGACUAAUCCACUGAUUGAAUCCACUGCUAAAAUAGAGCCAGUCUCAAGGGUUGAGGCCUCUUCAGUCAUGCAGAUCACAUCAUCUGAGGGAAAGAUCCCCACUACAAGUACUGAUUUGGUAGUAAAUGAGAGCUUUAAGGAUUUAGAGCUUUGGUUUGCCUGUUUAGAUGGUGAUGUGGAGAGAGCCAAUCGACUAAUAAAAGAUGGUGCUGAUAUUGAAUUAAAAGGACAGGGUGGUCAUUCUCCAUUGUCUAUUGCUGCCUAUAGUAAUAGGACGGAGGUUGUCAGAUUACUGUUGAGUUCUGGUGCAAAUGUUGAUGCUGUUGAUGAACAUAAUAGGUCAGCUUUAUUUUGGAGUGCUACUUUUGGAAGCAUGACAAUAACAAAGGUUCUUCUUGAUUAUGAAGCUGAUAUGAAUCUUCUGACAAAAAAAAGUAGAUCUACUGUACUAAUGGGUGCUACUAGUACAGGAAGGCUGGAUAUUGUACAGUUACUUGUUAGUAGAGGAGCUAGUUGGAAGGUUGUUAAUGAGGAUGGACUGACUGCUUUAGAUGUUGCAAAACAAGAGAAAUAUGAACAUCUAAUUCAGUAUUUCUCAAGUUUAGAUGAUUCAGAGUCCCAGAUGAGGAAGGCUCUUACGACAGACAUUAAGAUCAAAUUAAAGAUCACACGUAUGUCGAUUCAUGGAGCACCAGGCAGUGGAAAGACGUGUCUCCAGCAUCUCAUACUAAAUGAGCCUCCUCCUCUUGAAAGAUCAAGUACUGAUGUAGUGACACCUGCUGUAAGAGGAUCCAUCUGUGGAUAUAUGGAGACUGACAGCUCUCACUCAAUGAAGAGAGUCAGCGAGGAAGAGUUCAUCACCCACUUAGCUAAGAGGCUGAAAGGAAAGGAAGGUUUACCAAGUUCCAAGCAACAUUCAUCAACAUAUCCCCCCUCUACUCCUCCUCCUCCUACUCCUCCUUCUCGUCUAUCUUCUUUACAAAGAGCCUUUACAUCAUUAUUUAGUCGUACCUCAUCGGAAAGUUCUGAUGCUUCUUCUCCUUUGCCUGAUUCACCUCUACCUACUCAUUCUGUUCAUUAUGAUAUCAUAUCACAACCACUACUCAAGACCCUCACAACACUGGUCUAUAUAACCUUUGCUGAUAAUCUUAGUUCUCACCAUUCCCUCCAUUAUAAUCUACACCCUCAUUCACAUGAGAGGCUUAAAGAAGAUGGAGUAUUUGAUUUAGAGGUAGUAAAGUGUUUGGAUGAAAAAUUCGCUGCAUGUACGGCAUCUUCCUCUUUCUCUGCUGAGGAUUUCAUUGAUCUUUUACUUCAUCUUCUCAUAGUUUGUCAGUUACCUGGCAAUUCACAGUAUUUUAUCCCAUGUGUUUUACCCUGGUCAGCACUAUCACAAGAAGAGGAGAGAGACUACAGGAAGGUCAUAGACCCAAUAGCACUAGCAUGGGGUAAUGGAUCCCAGCCUGUACCUUAUGGCCUCUUUACCGGAUUAGUAAACUCGCUCAUUUCUGGUCGCUCAUUCUCUCUCAUUUCUAUGGAUUUUAAACAGCGUCGUAACGCCAUUGGAUUGGAGUAUAAUAAAAAAGGUUGGCUAGUGUUGCUUGAUAGAAUUUGCUUUAUUGAGGCUUUCUUUACUGGUCCACCUAAUCUCUGUCAUGAGAUACUUUCUCUGGUAUCCACUGGAUUGGAAAAAGCAGCUGAGUCUUGCCGUUAUCGCCAGGAGUCUCUUGGGGAUUUAAAAACUGGAUUCUACUCAGGAGGUUGUGAUCACAUUCAUUUCACUCGUGAUGGGUUUAUUUACUGCCGCUCUAAUUAUGAGAAAUUGUCUUCAAGGCAAUCUUACUGGUUCGAUAAUAAUUCACUAGACUCUAGUGUCAUUAUAGCUGGACAGAAGCUCUUUAUUCUACAAGGAGACAGGUCUCACUCACUCCAGUGGGAGAAAUAUGGAUUCAGAUUAGAGUGUCCUCGAGGAGCAGUGUCCAAGGAUACUGAAGUAGCUGUUACUGCACUAGCUGGUGGUAAUUUCAAGGUACCCAAAGGUACUGUGCUAGUGAGUGCAGUAUAUGCAAUAUCAGUAUCUAAGGCACUAUUAAAACCACUGGUAAUAGAGCUACAACAUUGUGUGGAUCUAAGGAACACUUGUCAGACUGGUUGCCUCAAGUUUGUGAGAGCUCCACUGAAGUCUCCUUACCAGUUCAGUAUAGUUGAAGGAGGAUCUUUUAGAGUUGGGAAAAGAUACGGAUCAAUAAAGCGUGAGCAGUUCUGCUGUAUGGGUAUUGUAGCUGAGAUGAGUAAUGGAGACACACCUAGUGACAGUGAGAGUGAGGAAGGUUAUGAGACACCACCUGAAGGAUCAACUGAUGACACACAUAAUGAUAGUGGUAAUGGAGCAGGAGAGACUAGUGAGAGAACUGCCUCACCAAUAAAUACUGGACUAUCUGAAGAAUCAGUAACUGAUGACUCUAAUCAAAAAGUACAGAAAGUUGAGUCCACUUCUGGUGCAUCUGAUGUUAGCAAUGAAUCAACUGAAGAUGAAGUGAAACAAAAACCAAAUGAAGACAAAGGAGUCACUCUACUAUACACUGGAAUGAUGUAUUAUGAAAAGAAAGAAGUUAAUCAGUGGAUGAGUAUAUUUUCUGUUGUUCAAGAUUUAGACGUCCUUUGGAGUUAUUUAGAGAAUGAACAUCCUGAAGCUGAAAAAGAUGGUCCAAUUGUUUCUGAAUUCAAAUACAAUGAACCUGAUGGCAUCCUUCAGUUGUGUCUACAAGAUGCUCCAUCACUUGAAUCAGGAUGGACUGUACAUCCUAACCAAUCCCCAAUGCAAAUACGUCAAUGUGUAGUGGACAAGUUUAUAGAUGAUCCUACAUGUAAGCGUUCCAGUAUCCAUAUAUCAGUGUAUGCUAAACCUGGUAUUGCUAAGGACCCACUUUCAUUGUCCCAUUGAACUAACUGGAAUAGAUCCUUCAAAAAUAAUUUACAUCAACA